AUGCGGUUGAGGAGGCGUGUGAAGGGGUCGGGGAUGAGUCCCGGGGUUGGGGACUACGUCGGGACGAUGAAGUGGGCACGGGGUGUCGGGCCAAGCGUUGCGAAACUCGGCGGGUGGUGGACGUGUCCGAUCGCGACGUGGAAGGCGAUCGAGGCGUUUGUUGUGGGUCCGUUGAAGGAGCCACGGUGA